AUGGCUGCCGAGGAGGACAACUUUGACAUUGACAUCUAUGGAGACGGAGAAGGUGAGACUGGAAACGACGAAAACAUGGAAUACAAACAAGAAGACGAAGAGAACCUGUUUGCCAUGGAUGCGGAAAGUGAGCAUCAUAUGCAGGCGGGUGAAGACGUAAAGCCUGAAAGUGAGGCAGAGAAGGAGCAGAUACAUAAGCAAGCGUCGCAAGCCCAAGCUGUAGCAGAAGAGCCCACGGAAAAACCCAAUGCCACAGCAGUCAAGACCACGCCUGCGCCGCAGCAGGGGGUUAAACGGAAGGAAACUUCAGACGAGAGACCCGUUGACCACGGCGCAACGAAUGCCCUUAUGAUUUCAGAUUUGAAUUGGUGGAUUACCGAGGAUGACCUCCGAGGCUGGGCUAAUGAAGCAGGAGCUGAAGACGAGCUGAGAGAUAUUACCUUCAGCGAGCACAAAGUCAAUGGCAAGAGCAAAGGGCAAGCAUACAUCGAGUUCUCUUCACCCCAAGCGGCAACCGUGGCAAAACACAGAAUCGAAUCCCAGGACGGAGCUCAACCGGGCGCCCGUAAGCACUCUGUCGUCUUCACGAAUGCCACUCAGAACCCGUUCAAAACACUGCCGAAGGAUGCGCCAGCCAGGGCAAGGGACGAGCGACCUGUUCGCGGGGGCGGGUUCAAUUCUGGACCACGCUCAGAAAACGCUUACGGGGCCAAUCAAGGGUUCCGUGGUGGCCGAGGAGGAAGUUUUCACCGCGGCGGCUAUGGUGGACAAGGCCAAUACAAUCGCAAUUUCUCUGGACCCAUGGGCGGCUAUAACAGCAGCAACAAUAACAUGGGCUUCCAAGGCAAUAUGGGCAUGAACAACAACUAUGGAGGCUUCAACCGAGGCGGCAUGAUGGGCGGACCCAUGCGAGGCAACAUGGGCGGCAUGCGAGGAAAUCGGGGAGGAAUGAAUCCCAUGAUGGGCAUGGGAGGAGCCAUGGGAAUGGGCAACAUGGGCAUGAAUCCCAUGAUGGCCGGAAUGGGUAUGCCAGGAUUUCAAGGCAAUCAAUUCAAUCCGGGAAUGUUCAAUGCGGGCCAGGGACAAGGCUUCGGCGGCGGCGACUGGAAUCAACAUGGAGCGAAGCGGCAGCGACAAGAAUAG